CUCUGCGCCGGGACCGGCCGCCUUGGCCCCUCCGCGCUGCCGUCUUUUCCGGCAGUUGAGGCGCUUCCUGUUGUUCUCACCCUCAACCGCCCCUGGUCCCCUACCCCAGAGCACCUCCCCGUCCCCUCCCCUCCGCGGGCCGGCUGGCUGCCGCCCUGUCCGCGCGUCCAGACCUCGGCCGUCCGGCGCCUGCGGCUGUCUGCCCGCCGCCAGCCCCGCCGCCCUCGGGGCUCUGCAGCCAUGGCAAUGACCGGCUCAACACCUUGCUCGUCCAUGAGUAAUCACACAAAAGAAAGGGUGACAAUGACCAAAGUGACGCUGGAGAAUUUUUAUAGCAAUCUUAUCGCUCAACAUGAAGAACGAGAAAUGAGACAGAAGAAGUUAGAAAAAGUGAUGGAAGAAGAAGGCCUAAAGGAUGAAGAGAAACGACUCAGGCGAUCAGCUCAUGCUCGGAAGGAAACAGAGUUUCUUCGUUUGAAGAGGACAAGACUUGGAUUGGAAGAUUUCGAGUCCUUAAAAGUAAUAGGCAGAGGAGCAUUUGGUGAGGUUCGGCUUGUUCAGAAGAAAGAUACAGGGCAUGUGUAUGCAAUGAAAAUACUCCGUAAAGCAGAUAUGCUUGAAAAAGAGCAGGUUGGCCACAUUCGUGCGGAGCGUGACAUUCUAGUGGAGGCAGACAGUUUGUGGGUUGUGAAAAUGUUCUAUAGUUUUCAGGAUAAGCUAAACCUCUACCUAAUCAUGGAGUUCCUGCCUGGAGGGGACAUGAUGACCCUCCUGAUGAAAAAGGAUACUUUGACAGAGGAGGAGACUCAGUUUUAUAUAGCAGAGACAGUGUUAGCCAUAGACUCCAUUCACCAGCUUGGAUUCAUCCACAGAGACAUCAAACCAGACAACCUUCUCCUGGACAGCAAGGGCCAUGUGAAACUUUCUGAUUUCGGCCUUUGCACAGGCCUGAAGAAAGCACACAGGACAGAAUUUUAUAGGAAUUUGAACCACAGCCUUCCCAGUGAUUUCACUUUCCAGAACAUGAAUUCCAAAAGGAAAGCAGAAACCUGGAAAAGAAAUAGACGUCAGCUAGCCUUCUCCACAGUAGGGACGCCUGACUACAUUGCUCCCGAGGUGUUCAUGCAGACCGGGUACAACAAGCUCUGUGAUUGGUGGUCGCUUGGCGUGAUCAUGUAUGAGAUGCUCAUUGGCUACCCGCCUUUCUGUUCUGAGACCCCUCAAGAGACAUAUAAGAAGGUGAUGAACUGGAAAGAAACUCUGACUUUCCCCCCAGAAGUGCCUGUCUCUGAGAAAGCCAAGGAUCUGAUUUUGAGAUUCUGCUGUGAAUGGGAGCAUAGGAUUGGAGCCCCUGGAGUUGAGGAAAUCAAAAGUAAUUCUUUUUUUGAAGGUGUUGACUGGGAACACAUCAGAGAGAGACCUGCUGCAAUAUCUAUUGAAAUCAAAAGCAUUGACGAUACCUCAAACUUCGAUGAGUUUCCAGAAUCUGAUAUUCUUAAGCCAACAGUGGCAACAAGUAAUCACCCUGAGACUGACUACAAGAACAAGGACUGGGUCUUCAUCAAUUACACAUACAAGCGCUUUGAGGGCCUGACUGCGCGGGGGGCAAUACCUUCCUACAUGAAAGCAGCAAAAUAGUGCCCUUGGAUGGAACCCUGUGUGGAGCAGAGUUCUGUGUACACGUCCCGGUAUUCCUCUCACACACUUUUGAAAGAGCUUCCAAGAAGCUUAUGGAACCCAUCCGUAUGUCCCGGAAACUUGCCUGAAAUGUGACAGUGAGUGGAUUCUCUUCAUAGUGCAUCUGAAGCUGUAGAACAAAGCCAGCCAGUUCCACCACGUCGGCCAUAAGCAGCUUCUUCAGAAGCGUCACGAGCCAAUUUGAUAGAUUUUUUUUUUUUUAAACAACUUGAGUUUUCCUAAGUUCAUCAGAAUGAAGGGGAAAAAACAGCCAUCAUCCAACAUUAUUGAAAUUGUAAUGUAUACUUACUGAAUAUCCGCCAAUUCCCAUGAUUUUGUGAUAGGCUUUCUGCCAAGCCCACCAAGUAUUUCCUAUUUCUUUACAGCUGAAAGUUCCAUAGUCCUAAGGAAAUGAGCAAUAAUGAAAGCCUCAGCAGCCAGCGUUCUGCUGAAGAAAGCGAUCCUCCAUCCUCUGAGGGGUGAUGGUAGUUUCUCCCCCGACGAGAGGCUCCGACAGCCUCCAUUCGUGCUGCACCUUAUUUAUGGUACUAGGACACAGACAGUCCACUGCUGCCUGUCCUCCCACCAUCUGAAAUACUCAUGCUGCUUUUUGGAGUGUUGAUGGGGGAAUACCAGCUUGAUCCAUUGUUGCUCUUCGAAGGCCCCCAAAGCCGUUGGGCAUUGCCACGGAGUCCGAUCACAUGGAAAACCUCAUUUUCUCUUUUCGGCUAGCUCAGAAAGUCCGAGUCGGAUAUUGCCGUGGACCAGCACUACCCACAGGUGCUGCCAGCAGGAACUCGGCUUCUUCCUGGGAACACAGCAAGGAGAGCCAGGCACAGGCAGGAGCCUGGAACCCUCUUGGCUGAGGUGCUGCUCCCAUGGGUCUCCAGAACCUGCUUGGAAGUGGGAAGGAGCCAGCCCAGUGGGAAGUGCAGAGCCAGCCUCAGAUCUUUGUCUUGUUCACUCCUCAGUCAGUGGUGCAGCUCAGCUGUGUUUUGUCUCCUCUCUUGGUAUUUCUUCUCGCCCAUCUUUAAGUACCAUUUUGCCUUGGAACCAUGAUUACAGAUAUUUCCUUUGCAGAUGCCUUCCUGGGGGAUGUUCCUCUCCACCCUACAGGUUGGGCUGAGCGGGCCCUGCCGUGGCCUUCUCUCAUGAGACACCCUCGGAACUUGAGCACAAAGUGCCUUCUCUUUUACAGCUGCCACCACCUUUAGAGGAAGUUUGCUGUGUCAGAAAAUUGUGGAGGCUCCAUAUUAAUGCAUUACUUUAAAAAAUGUUAAUAACUCGGAAAGCAUCAUUUGCACCUGGGUGGUAACUUUACCUGUGCAGAGCAUCCUAGCCAAGCUGCAGCAGAGGACCACUUCCUGCCAGUCUUGAUGUUACUAAGAUCAGCUUUGAAAGGAAAGUAUGUCCUAGCUUAGUCAUUCAGAAAAGAAAAAUGAAAUUCAAAGUUACAGUAGUAAUGAAAUUGCUUUGGAUUUUCAUGUUUUAGAGAAAGAAAAAAGAAUUUUAAGGAAGUAUUAACUCUGGAUGAAGGUAAUGUGUCUGCCCCAAAUCUUUCAUUCAUGGUCUGUUAGUGAAAAGGAAGUAAAUGAGUUUCUUUUGUGUAACUGUAGUUUCUUUGUAUUACCAAAUAGUUGGGGUGUUGACCCCCAUGUGUUUUGCAAGAGUCUGUGGUGAGCAUGGGUAAGGAGUGGUGAUUGUGUGUGGGGGAGUGGCGGGGGAUCAUUUGUUUUUUGGGGAAAUGUCCACUUUUUAAACUUUUGAAUAAACUGUGUGGAAAAAGCA